CCUAUUAGUUCAUCGUUCUUCCAUUCCCUUGAGCCCUUUUCCAUUUUCGUUCAUUUGUCAUCUUCUUAACUUUCCUCUCCUCGGGAUCUGGUCCGAAGAGCGACCAAGUUGGAGUUCCACAAUUCCCGAGGAUUAAACUUUCAACUCUUCUCUUUUUUCUAUUUUAGUCUUUUUGUCUUGUCUUGUCUCUUGUCUUUUACAUGUACUUUCUGACCUCAUCAAGGAAAAAAAAAACCCUAUUCCUCUCUGCUCAAAAUUGACUUUGCUCAGAUCUGUGCACUUGAAAAUUAAGGUCAUACAAUAUUUGAUUGCUGCAAGAUCAUGAAUUCUUUUUCACAUGUUCCUCCUGGAUUUCGUUUCCAUCCAACUGAUGAAGAACUUGUAGAUUAUUACCUCAGGAAGAAAAUUACUUCCAGAAGGAUUGACCUAGAUGUUAUCAAAGAUGUGGACCUCUACAAGAUUGAACCAUGGGAUCUUCAAGAACUAUGCAGAAUAGGGACAGAAGAACAGAAUGAAUGGUACUUUUUCAGCCACAAAGAUAAAAAAUAUCCAACUGGUACAAGAACAAAUAGAGCAACAGCAGCAGGAUUCUGGAAAGCAACUGGAAGAGACAAAGCUAUAUAUUCCAAGCAUGACUUGAUUGGCAUGAGGAAGACUUUGGUAUUUUACAAAGGGAGGGCUCCCAAUGGUAAAAAAUCUGACUGGAUAAUGCAUGAAUACCGACUUGAGACUGAUCCAAAUGGUGCUCCUCAGGAAGAAGGAUGGGUGGUAUGCCGAGUGUUCAAGAAGAGAAUAGCAACAAUGAGGAAAGAAAGUGAGUACGAGUCACCAAUAUGGUAUGAUCAUGAUCAAGUCUCAUUCAUGCCGGACAUGGACUCCCCAAAGCAACAACACUCUCACUCUGGCCUCACUUACCACUAUCCUAAUUACCCUUGCAAGAAGGAGCUGGAUAAUUUGCAUUACCAAAUUCCACCUCAUCAUCAGCAAUUUCUUCAACUUCCUCUUUUAGAAAGUCCUAAGUUUCUUCCACCACCUCCAUGCAGCUCAAUGCCAGUAUUUGCGAUUAACGUUAAUAAUCAUGUGCAUCAGUAUGGAAACAACAACAACAAUAUUAGUACCAAUACUAAUGAACUAGUUGGAGAUGAUCAAGUGAUGGAUUGGCGAGUGCUUGACAAAUUUGUAGCUUCUCAACUUAGCCAAGAGGAGGAAAAUGAUUACUCAAAUACCUUGCAGGCUGCUGCCGAUGACUCAAAUUUGAACAAGCAAGAAGCAGCUACGGAAAAUACUUCAACCGCAUCCUCCUCUUCUCAGAUUGAUCUGUGGAAGUAAUUAAAAUGAAAUCCUCCUACUUAAGACAAGUAAAUACUCAUCAUAGGAAGUACACUUAUUUGUUGACUAAAUAUCAAGUAUUAUUUGUACAUAAUAAUACUACGUACUAUAUAUAUGACCCUUGUACUAAUAUUAAGUUAAGAGAACAUGAUGAAAGAAUAGGUGAAUUAUAUAUAUGCAGCCAUCUUUAUUAGCUGCUUGAGAUGUAAUUGAAGCAUUUUCAUUUUGUCAGGCAUGGCUAUCGAUGUUAUGGUAUGAUAGCUACUGCUUUGGUUAUGUAAACCAGUGGAUAUUUCGAAUGUGUUUAAAUGUUACAUUAUGUAGUGAUAUUAGACUAAUAAUAUCCGUGUUUUAUUUUU